AUGCGAGAAUAUAAAAUUGUUGUACUUGGAUCGGGAGGUGUUGGAAAAUCAGCAUUGGUAAGUUUAAAAUCAAUUUCAUUUUGAGCUCAAAAUCUCUAUUCAAAAUAUUUUUCAGACUGUUCAAUUUGUACAAGGAAUUUUCGUUGAAAAAUACGAUCCAACAAUAGAAGAUAGUUAUAGAAAAGUAAGUGAUUUUCUGGAAAUUUCAAGAAAAAUUUGUAAAUGUUUUCAGCAAGUUGAAGUCGAUGGACAACAAUGUAUGCUAGAAAUUUUGGACACUGCUGGAACGGUAAGAUUUUUGGGAAAUUGUGAUUUUUGAACAUUAAAAAAACUGAUCGUCUCCCGUAUGAUCAUAUUAGUAUUUUCACCAAGUCUCUCAAUUUUUUACUUCGAAAAUUUAUUCUUCUGGGAUGCUUUAGUUAAUUUUCAAAUUAAAUCUCCAUUUUUUUAUAGGAACAAUUCACAGCAAUGCGUGAUUUGUAUAUGAAAAAUGGACAAGGAUUUGUAUUAGUUUAUUCGAUAACAGCACAAUCAACAUUUAAUGAUUUGAUGGAUUUACGCGAUCAGAUUUUGCGUGUUAAAGACACUGAUGAGGUUAGUUUUUGUGAAAUUCUUUUGAAAAUCUUCAAAUCUCAUUCUUUUUAUAGGUUCCAAUGAUCUUGGUAGGAAAUAAAUGCGAUUUGGAAGAUGAACGAGUUGUCGGAAAAGAUCAGGGACAAAAUUUGGCACGACAGUUUGGAAGUGCAUUUUUGGAAACAUCAGCUAAAGCUAAAAUUAAUGUUAAUGAGGUUGGUUUUUUAUUUUUAGAAAAAGAAACAAUUAAAAAUGCAAGAGAAAAGAUCUGAAUUUUUACCCCUUUUCGAAUCAUCAAUAAUCAACCAAAUGUUUAUAUGAAAAACAAAAAGUACAAUAGGACAAAGUUUAUUUCUUCUUUUUCUUGUUUUUUUUCCAAUUUGAAUAAAAAACACCUGGAAAAACAAAUUAACGUUUAACAAAAAUUGAUCCGAAUUUGAAAUUAAUAUUUUCUCUUUUUUGAAAUGUCGCAAUUGCGACAUUUUCACGUUUAACAAAAAUUGAUCUGAAUUUGAAAUUAAUAUUUUAGGUGUUUUAUUUUUGAAUGAAAUCUUAAAGAAAUUCAAUAAUCUUCAAAUUCAAAAUACUUAACUUAAAUUUCUGAAUUAGCUGAUCUUCAGAAAUGAAAAUGAAUCAUGAAAAUCUCUGAAAAGUUCACUUUUUUAAUAGUAUUUUCUCCUUGAAUCCGAGAAUUUUAAAUUAAAUCGAUAAGGUUAUACAAUCAACAUUUGAAUUUUCCAGGUAUUUUAUGAUCUUGUUCGUCAAAUCAAUCGCCGUUAUCCAGAAUCAGGUCGUCGAGCUGGAAGUUCAAAUAAACAAUGUUGUUCAUGUGUUAUUAUGUAA